AAGUUAAAAAGAAAAAUAAAUGCCCGGCGUGUAACACGGGCACAAAUAUAGCUUUUAUAUAUUCCCCUACUCCUUGAUUUUCCCUGUCUGUCUCACUUUAUUUUGUUCAUCAUUUUUUAGUGAUAAGAGACUAUUCAUGGAGACACCAAAACUUAGGAACUUCGGUAGCUUUUUGCCAGUACCUAGUGUUCAGGAAUUAGCUAAACAAGUUCUUACAGAGAUCCCACCUCGAUACGUUCGCACUGAUCAAGAACCGAUGAAUAAACUCUCUUGUGCGUCUAACAUAGAUCAAACAGUUCCAAUUAUUGAUAUGCAGUGUUUGUUAUCUGCAGAACCGGAGAUAGAGUUGGAGAAGCUUCAUUGUGCUUGCAAAGAAUGGGGUUUCUUCCGGGUGGUAAACCAUGGAGUCGACAACUUAGAGAGUAUAAAAUCAGAGAUUGAAACUUUUCUAAACCUUCCAGUGAACGAUAAAAACAAGUAUGGACAGAAAGAAGGAGAUGACGAAGGAUUUGGUUCACGCUUUGUUUUAUCGGAAGAACAAAAACUCGAUUGGGGAGACUUCUUUUACAUGGUCACUCGUCCCCUCUACUUGAGGAAGCCACACUUAUAUCCAGAAUUCCCCCUACCUCUCAGGGAGACAAUAGAAUCCUACUCAUCAGAAGUGAGUAAACUAGCCAUGACUCUCUUUGAGAUGAUGGGUAAAGCUCUGAAAAUGGAGACUGGAGUCAUGACAGAAAUUUUUGAAGGUGGGAUGCAAGCAAUGAGGAUGAACUACUAUCCGCCUUGCCCUCGACCAGACCUUGUGAUCGGCCUUAACGCACACUCGGAUUUUGGCGGUUUGACAAUCCUGCUUCAACUCAAUGAAGUGGAAGGAUUAGAGAUAAGAAACAAAGGGGAAUGGGUUUCAGUUAAACCGUUGGAGAAUGCAUUUGUAGUUAACGUUGGAGACGUUAUGGAGAUACUUACUAACGGGAUCUACCAUAGUGUCGAGCAUCGGGCGACAAUAAACUCAAGAAAGGAGAGGCUCUCAGUUGCAACAUUUCACUACCCUAAACUAGAGUCGGAAAUAGGUCCAUCACCUAGCAUGAUCACCCCGAAAACACCAGCCUUGUUCCGAAGGAUCGAGCGGUACGAGCUUCUCUUAAGGAAAUAUUAUGCACGUAAACUCAAUGGAAAAUCAACCCUUGACUGCAUGAGGAUAGGAAACGGUUUUGAAGAUGACAACACUGCACGAUUGUACUAGUCCGAUGGACAUGGCUAGACAUGGUUGUUUUGUGUAAGACUAUUUGUGGUCGUUGAACAUCCUUCGUCAAUUGUAUUUGUGAAUUUUUUCUUUUUGUAUUUGUGAAUUUUUUUUCUUUUUUUACUUUUUGAA